AUGGUACCUUACGGAUUGACGGAUCACUGGUUCGCUGUAAUGGUCUCUCUCAAGUCGGCAUCUGCAGACGAUCAUGGUCCUGGGCUGUGGAGGCUUCAGGCGCCUCAGGCGGGAGGCGAAGGCGUCAGGAACAUCAUAUCGGCGGUGGUGGAGGCACAGGCGACCCAACCGGUGCAAGGUCUGGAGAGGCUGGUGACGAGCCUGCGUGCAAGCAUGAGGGCUCACGUCGCAGAGGAAAGGAAAAGAGUUAGAGCGACCAUGUUACAUCUGGAAAAGAAAGUGGAAGAGCUCAGAUGGAAAGUGAUGGCUGAUCCUUCUUCGCAGGUUCUGUAUGAGGAGUUGGUUAAAAAUGAAGCGGCUCUCAAGCUUUAUCAGGAUAGCAACAAGGAGAGGCUGCAGGUCUUGUCAGGGCUGCUGCAAGAAUUGGCGGGAGAAACACCAUCAGCCUUCCUGACAGGCCUGGUUAAGUCAAGGAAAGCGAAGACGGAAAUAACGGAACUUACCUUUAAGGGAGUGUUGCGGAGAGGUGCGAGCGAGGUGCUGAAGGCGGCUUCGGAGCACUUCCGAGAGGCCUAUGCGUUGUCGCCGGCGCCUUCUCCUGGAGAACCAUGGCCGAUUGAAAAAGGAAGGGUGCUGCAGGAUAGUGACCGCUUGCAGUUAGACAAGGAUUGGUCAGAACAGGAGGUGAAAGCGGCGCUCAGGAGCUUGCCGGUGGGGAAAGCCACGGGACAGGAUGGCCUACCGAAGGAAUUUUUCGAGAGGAACUGGGGGUUGCUGGGCCUGGCGGUGAUGAGGGAGAUCCGCGACUUCGAGUCGACGGGCGUACUUUCGGAAGCCUUCACGACGGCGGUUACGAUUCUUCUGCACAAGAAAGGGAGCAGAGACGAUGUGGGCAAUUAUCGUCCGAUCACAUUACUCAGUUUUUUCUACAAACUACUGGCGAAAGUGUUGGCGAACAGAAUCAGGACGGUCUUACCUAAAGUGAUCUCGCCGAACCAGUUCGGCUUCCUCCCGGGAAGGAGUCUCGCCGAUGCGGUCUCACUGGUAGCGGACGCGAUUGAUGCCGCAGAGCAGGAGGAUGAGGACUGGCUGCUGCUGCUGGUUGAUUUUCAAAAGGCUUAUGAUUCCGUAUCACGAGAGUACCUGUUCACGACGCCGAGCAACAUGGGAUUCCCGAGUAAAUUCAUCGGAUGGGUGAAGGGUCUUCAUGAUGGUGCGGCGACCAAGGUGCUGCUGAACGGCUGGAUAGGGGAGCGCGUGGAGAUGGCCAAAGGAGUGUGUCAGGGCUGCCCACUCGCCCCGUACCUCUUCCUAUGCGCGGUCGAGCCACUCUGCCAGGAGAUAGAAAGAAGGAAGCUGGGGGUCAGGAAGAGAGGCGUAAAAGGGGUCCUAGCAUACGUCGAAUAUGCAGAUGACACGACACUGGUCUUAAAAGGGAAAGAGCAGGUGGAGGCAGACGGGAAACUGCUAGGGGAGUUUGCGGAGGUCUCAGGGCUGAAGGUGAACCAUGACAAAACGACGUUGAUGCCGCUGGGGAAGAACUUAAGGGGACUGCAGCCGAUUGUGUCGCCUUUCAAAUGGGCGAGCAAGAACACGUCGGAGCGGUUGCUUGGAAUCUGGAUCACCUCUGAGGGCUCGCCGGGUCCUGCAUGGGACAAAGCCUUCGAAAAAGUGAAGCGGCUGUGCCACAACUUCAUCUCUGGAGGGAAGGCGCUCUUGGACAGGCACUUUACACUCUGGAGUUACGAUCUGUCAUGCAGAGGACGGAAAGAAGGGGGACUGGGAGUGAUUGAUCUGAAGCAUCGGAUCGACAGCACGGUGAUCUAG